CUCAACCAGAGAGGAACGAAAACAAAACACUCGACCGUUGCUAACUGUUUCUAUUCGUUGACAUCCAAACACUGAAGCUUUCCUGAUCCACUCAAUCAUCAAAUGGCUUCAAGUUCCCGGAAACCACUUUCUUCUGCGACUCACAAGAAGAAAUCAAAACAUGAACUAACUGAGGAUCAAAAGCAGGAGAUUAAAGAGGCUUUUGAUCUGUUUGACACGGAUGGAGCUGGAUCCAUAGACGUGAAGGAGCUAAAGGUUGCCAUGAGAGCUCUUGGCUUUGAACCAAAGAAAGAAGAAAUCAAGAAGAUGAUUUCUGACUAUGUUAGAGAGGGCUCUUCUACAAUUGAAUUUGGUGAAUUUCUCAGCAUAAUGACGGUGAAAAUGAGUGAAAAGGACUGCAAGGAGGAAAUAUUGAAGGCCUUCAGGCUCUUCGACGACGACAGCACAGGGAAGAUCUCCUUUAAAAACCUUAAACGGGUUGCCAAGGAGCUGGGGGAAACCCUCACGGAUGACGAGCUGCUGGAAAUGAUUGAUGAAGCAGAUCAAGACGGAGAUGGUGAAGUCAAUGAACAGGAGUUUCUUCGGAUUAUGAAGAAAACCAACCUUUAUUGAACCCGAGUGAGCUGCAGUCCAAGACGGCCUUUUUAACGUUCACAUCUGAUCCUGUUGGAAGUUUAUUCCGUGGCGUUUGUGGAAUUUAGACAGAUAGGUUUUCCUUGUAAAUAUAUAUUUUAAUAUACUCUAAUCUUUGCAGAGAUUGUUUUUCUACAACAGAAAUAAAUAUAUUUCUUCACAGUCAA